AAAGAAAUUAUAAACUCCAAAUCAAUAGCCAAGAUCCUUUUUCCCUUUAAGAUCAAAUUCUAGCCUCACGAUUACUUCAAUUUUUCCAUAAUACUCUCUCUCCCAUCACUCUUGUCUCUCUCUCUCUCUCUCUCUCUCUCUCUCUCUCCUUCACCACAAACGGCGAAGACCUUCGUUGCCACCAUCUGGGUUCUCUCCAUCUCAACAACGUUGCGAAAAUGAUUCUUGACAAUCAUGGCAUUGAGGAAACUCAUUAUGAGGUUCUCAAUGUUAAGGAAGAUGCAGAUUAUGAAGAAAUUCGUGCUAGUUACCGAAGUGCUGUACUCAAUUUACAUCCUGAUAAGUUAUUGAAGACAUACGAUACAUCCGACAGUAAUCAAACAACUUCAGAGAGAUUUCUCAAAGUACAAAAGGCCUGGGAAAUUCUAAGCAAUUCAAGCUCUCGUUUGUUAUAUGACAAGGAGCUUCAAAGAUCAAGGCGUGAUGCAUUGGCUGCCGAAGUCGCAGAAGAUUUAAGCUUACAUGAUAUGACAGUUGAAGAUGCCGAUGAAGCAUUAGAACUGUUUUAUCAAUGUCGAUGUGGUGAUUACUUCUCCGUCGACUCAUUGGAAUUGUUGAAAAUGGGGUAUUCCUUAUUGAGAAAUGGAAAUAGUAUAUCUAUACUCAAUGGUGAUACUUUACCAGGAUCCGUGAUUCUUCCUUGUGGAUCUUGUUCGUUAAAAGCUCGUUUGAUACUCAGUAUGGAUAACAAUUGAAUUAUUGACAUUUUUUGCAUGACUGAGGAGGAUUGAGAUUAUUAUUAUGUUUACAGAAGAUAGCAAACUAAUGGCAGCUGCUCAUUAUCAAGUGCUGUGAAUUGCGAAUCGCGGAAAGUAGUAACUGGUUCAAAUUUCUCCAUGCUACGAUGCUGCCAUAGCCGCAAUUUGAGAACAAUUUACUGAAUUGCGUUUCACAGGACACUAGUUACGAUGUAGCGCUGUUGUGCCGCUAUAUGCUACUCGACAACAUCACCAUUGUUGGUAAAAAAAAUCCUUCGGCAGAAACAGGAACUGCCAUUUUCAUUGUAGAGUUUCAAAAUUGGGAUUGGAUGAUAUUAGUUUUUAUUUUUUUUUUAUUUUUUAAGAAAGGAUGAUAUUAGUUUAUUGUCCACUCACUUAUUAUAAUCAAUUCACAGUAUUAGGAAAGAUUUUCUUUUAAACUAAGAAAAAUUGAGACGUUUUCAAAUAUGUACUAUUUGAAUAUUGAGCACCAGCCACUGUGUAUUAUGAGCUACUACAAUUGUGCUUAGCUAUUCAGUGAUUUAUCAGUUUUAAUAUUUAUCCUUUGUGAAGUUUCUAACUUCUAUACUCA